ACAAACCACAACGCCUGGAGCAACAACUGUUAUAUCUACAACACCCAAGGUAACUACUGUACCAAGUACAACCCAGCCUAGUACGUCAACACCAGCUCCUACAACCCCUCCAUCCACAGUGGAAUAUACUACAGGAACUACCGUUGUUACGACGCAAGGAACUACCAGCACAACUGUAGCACAAUGUACAGAUACAAUUGGUAUGGACGAUUCAGAGAAGAUUGAUGAGAAAAAUACCAAAAUAACGAAUGACAAAGAUGAUUUCGUUGACAAUGUAAAACCACCACUAGAUGACUUGAAAGAUCCGAAUACACCACUUGUGGUAGAGUUUAAACCAUCGACGGAUCCAAAUGAGUUGAAAAUAACUACAAAGCUUAAAACGAACGUAUCUGUUCCAAUCACCAAAGUAAAAACAACAGGCUUGAAAAACAUUACAUUGGUGACUGUAACUGUUAAGGAUGCUAAUGGCACAGUGGUAAAACAGAAACCUGUACUAGUUGUUGAUGGUACUGCUAUUGUGGAACUCGGGGAUACUAACGGAGUUGAGAUCAUCAUAACUUACGUUUCGAGUCCAAAUAAGACAAUUGAAAUUGGAGACGUUGAAAUAACUGCUUGUUUGGAAAUAGAAACCACAACACCAGUAGCAACAACUGUACCAUCUACAACACCCCAGGAAUACUGUACUCUUGAAAGCGGGAUGACCGAUGCUCUGUACAUACUUGUUGACGACAUAACAUUAGAAGGGGUCUUAGACAGAAACCCAUCGAAUCUCAGUCCUGAUAGUGAAUCACCUUUCGUCGGUCUCCCAGACGGUAGUGGUCUUGUGACAAUCACUAUUCCUUUCACAAGUGACACUGAUGUAGAGAUUGGGAGAAUAGUUAUCAAUGGAACUACAAAUGUUGAUAAUGCAGAGGUUGUGAUAAAGGAUAGUUUUGACCAGGAAACAAACAUUUCACCAGAUGAAAAUAAUUUUAUCUUCCAGGAUAACCCUGAUGGCACAACUGAUAUCGUAGUCAUUAUAAGUCCAAGAACAACCGGAAAACAAGUCACAAUAACAUUAGAUCCGAUAUCAUCUGACGAGGCUGUUGAGAUCCAAGAUUUGGAUGUCUUUGCAUGUUUCAUCCCAGUAUCAACAUCCACAACGUACACUACACCAUCAACCGCAGCUUCUAAUGAGCCAACAAUGUCCACUCCCUCAACUAAACAGACACCUCCACCUUCUACCCCAUCUCCAAUAUGUGAUGAGAUUAAUGGAAUGGAGAAUAGCUUAAUUAUCCCAGAUGAAAACAUCCAGUUUGAUGGAGACUUCAUUCAAACUAUAAGCCAAUCACAAGUAGAUGGCCUUAGACCAGGAGUAGAACUAGGUGUUUAUCUCAUUAACGGCAGUACUCCUGGCUUCAACAUAACGAUUGUUUUUAAUGAAUCCGAAAGUCAAAUGCCUGUGCAACUGGGAAGUGUUGUAUUGGAGCGUACCAACAAAAUUAAAUCUGCACAGAUAUAUUAUUUGUUGGGAGGAGAAUAUAUACCAUUCCAGGGUAGCACAGAGAAGGGAAUCCUAUCCGACAUAACUGUUACAUUUGGGGACGACGUAUUUGCAGAGGGGAUCCGUGUAGCGAUUGAGGUCGAUGGAUAUUAUGCAACACUCUCUCAAUUAGAAAUAUUUGGUUGCUUUGAGCCAGUGCUUACAACGACGCCCGAGGCCACAACUACUCCAUCAACAACAGUGUCUUCAACAACACUAGCUAGCACUACGACACCAGGUUUCAGCACUACGACACCAGGAAUCAGCACUACAACACCUGGUUUCAGCACUACGACAUUGAGUACCACGACGGAAAAGUGUGACAUGACAUGUACAAAUCUGAAAGGUUUUAUGACAUGCUUAAAUGACGAUGACAUCUGUGACGGAAUUACUUCUUGCUUUAAUGCUGAAGACGAGAAGAACUGCACGAAAUGUAAGGGAAAUGGCAAGGUUAUAAACGGCUGUUACACAAACGACAAUGGACCAUCAUGCAUGUUGGAGGAGUACAUAUGUGACGGACAGAGAAACUGUGAUACCGGCGUGGAUGAAUAUAUGUGUGCAACAACAGUACCUAGUACCACCUUACCACCCACCACAUCGCCACUGGCAACCACCUUACCUCCAACAACAGCUCCUACUACAAGCGGACAAGAAACGACUACUGGACCAAGUACAACAACUGGACCAGUAACGACUACUGGACCAGUAACAACUACUGGGCCACAAACAACAACUGGACCAGUUACGACAAGUGGACCACAAACAACAAGUGG